AUGGCGGCGGCAGCAGCAGUCAGAGCGAAUGUAGGACUGACUUUGAGAUUUGUUAAAGUUUUCCCACAGUGCAGAUUCUGUCCAUUAAACCGAUUAAAGAUCUGCACCGGGACAACCACACAAAAAUCCAGCCACCGCUUUUUAGCACACAACAGAUACUUACAGACUUCUAACAGUCUGCACCAGAGUGAGCAGGGCAGUACAACCAUAGAAGAUCCAGAUGAGAAUGUUGUUAAUGUGGUGUUUAUUGACCGGUCUGGACAAAGGAUACCAGUGAAGGCAAAAGUAGGAGAUAAUGUCCUUUACCUAGCACAUAGACAUGGCAUCGACCUUGAAGGUGCAUGUGAGGCUUCCUUGGCUUGUUCUACGUGUCACGUUUAUGUACAUGAUGAGUUUUGCCAUAAACUACCUGAGCCUGAUGAAAGGGAGGACGAUAUGUUGGACAUGGCUCCUAUGCUGCAGGAGAACUCUCGUCUGGGCUGCCAGAUUAUUCUCACCGCUGACCUGGAUGGAAUUGAACUGACCCUCCCCAAGGUCACACGGAACUUCUACGUUGAUGGUCACGUACCCAAACCUCACUGAGAAAAGGGAAAAUUAAACAUCAUAGAUGUAUUUAUACCUUGAAGACUGAAUACCUGAAAACCAGUCAGAAUACCUGAAAAGCAGUUUGGUUAAGUUCGGCUAUGACUGUAAAGAACAUGCAACAAAUCAGUCUGGUUUUUCUCCAGGUCUAGCCGUACAUAAUGAAAUAUGGGCAUCAUUUAAAACAGAUGCACUUGGUCAUUUUGAGGUACAUGGGCUCCAAAUAAUGAGCUGAUAUCUAUGGUUAAUGGAACCAUUAAAAGUUGGAUGGAACACUUUUCCAUUUUAGAAUGUGAAAUGUCCACACCUGCAACAUUUGAAUGUUUGAAAGAUGAUGGUUAUAUGUUUUGUUAUGUAUUUUAAAUCCAUUAAACGCACAAUUAUAUAUUGUAUUUAGAAAGUAUUCAGACCCCUUGAAUUUGUGCACACUUUGUUUUUAAUGGAUAUAAUUUCUGCUUUUACCCAUCAAUUUACACUUAAUUGCUUAUAUUAACAGUGAAAACGUGUUUUAAAGUAGUUUUGUGAAUAAGAGAUUCUCAAAAUGUUUUCACAUUAUUGGAAAUUAAGUGUAGAUUGAUGAGUAAAAUGGCCAUUAUAUCCAUUCAAAAUCAAAUCCACACAAAAGUGUGCAAAUGACAUAAAUGUCCUAAAUGUUUCCUAAAUGUCAGUCAGACGCACAAUAAUGUUUCUUGUAUGUUCUGUUUGCAAAGGAAAAAUGGAUCACUACAUAAAUAAUAUGCACCCCUUAUUAUGUUUUACACAAAAAUGUGUGGUGAAAUCAUCAUCAGGCAUUUAAAUAAAUAAAAACAUUGUCA